GUUUCGGGUCAAAACUUGUGAAUGAACGGUCGGCCGGCUUGUGGUAAGCUAUGGCGGAAGAAGAGAGAGAAGAGGAGCCACUCGGCUUGUCUGUGAUCGUAAAGAAAGGACGGUAACAUUGGUUGAAUCGUCGGAGCCACAGACAGCGCGAUCAAACAGCUGUUUAGCGAGACAGCAGCAGCAGCGAGAAAGAGCAAAAUGGCGGCUUGCGGCACUCGUCUUCUUCCAAAGUCCUCCUUCCUGUCUUCGGCCAAUUCGUCCUCCUUUCUGGGUGGUUCGUCGGUUCCUUGCGCCUCUUCUCCUUCCUCGUCAUCGUCCAAGCUCGGCAGCAGCAGGUGCAUCAAGGUCCGAGCCGUCGUUGCAUCGCCCACUAAAGUUCAUGCGGAGCCGGCCACCAAGAUCAAGUCGAUCAAGGCAAGGCAGAUAAUUGACAGCCGAGGCAACCCAACAGUGGAAGUGGAUCUGGUGACUGACCGGGUGUAUAGAUCAGCAGUUCCCAGCGGGGCCUCCACCGGAAUCUACGAGGCUCUUGAGCUCAGAGAUGGUGAUAAGACCGUCUUUGGAGGCAAGGGAGUGCUCCAAGCUAUUGCCAACAUCAACGAUGUCAUCGCACCAAAGCUCGUUGGCGUGGAUACCAGGAACCAGAAGGAUGUGGACAACAUUAUGCUGGAGCUGGAUGGGACGCCAAACAAGUCGAAGCUUGGAGCGAAUGCCAUACUUGGUGUCUCCCUGAGCGUGUGCCGAGCCGGGGCCGGAGCUAAUGGCGUUCCUCUCUACAAGCACAUUCAGUCCAUUGCUGGGAUCAAGGAACUAGUCAUGCCAGUUCCUGCUUUGAACGUUAUCAACGGCGGCAGCCAUGCAGGAAACAAGCUUGCAAUGCAGGAGUUUAUGAUCCUCCCGGUUGGUGCUAGCUCGUUUGCCGAGGCCAUGCAGAUGGGAUGUGAAGUUUACCAGGUUCUGAAGGGAAUCAUAAAGAAAAAGUACGGCCAAGACGCAUGCAAUGUUGGUGACGAGGGAGGUUUCGCUCCAAACAUUCAAGACAACAGAGAAGGUCUUGUUCUUCUGGUUGACGCCAUUGAAAAGGCGGGAUACACUGGCAAGGUGAAGCUGGGUAUGGAUGUCGCUGCAUCCGAGUUCUAUAAGUCUGGAAAGUACGACCUGGACUUUAAAGACCAGUCCAGCAGUGGAAAGAACAUAUACACGGGCGAGGAGCUGGGAAAUCUUUACAUGGAGUUCGUGAGGGACUUCCCGAUUGUGUCCAUUGAGGAUCCGUUCGAUCAGGACGACUGGAGCUCGUGGAAGAACUUGCAGUCUCAGUGCGACGUCCAGCUCGUCGGAGAUGAUUUACUGGUGACGAAUCCCAAGCGGAUAGCCGAGGGAAUCAGCAAGAACGCUUGCAACGCAUUGUUGCUAAAGGUGAAUCAGGUCGGCUCCGUGACUGAAUCCAUCCAAGCAGCUUUGGAUUCAAAAGCUGCUGGAUGGGGUGUUAUGGUGAGCCACAGAAGUGGAGAGACCGAGGACACAUUUAUUGCGGACCUGGCUGUUGGACUCGCUAGUGGACAGAUCAAAACAGGAGCUCCGUGCAGGAGCGAGCGCCUUGCAAAGUAUAAUCAGUUGCUGCGCAUCGAGGAAGAGCUUGGAAGCGUUUGCUACGCAGGAGAGAACUUCAGGAAACCAUGACCGAGGCCAGGACUUUCUUUUUGUCCGACGGCGAGCUAAGAAACUUUUCCUGCUAUGAAAAUAAACCAUGCAACUUGCGAGACUUGCAAAACCA